GUGCGACUUCCCCACUUCUGCCCCCACUAUGUACUUUUUUACAUCCCUGCUUACGUUUGGCUGGCAUAGCCUAAUUUCCGCAUUCCCAAAUCCUCCCAGAUUGGGAUCACGUUUAAAACCGGGCUGAUGCAACGAUUUCCACUUUUUAAAAUCUACUCUCGACCAUCGGCUGACCAGAAGAGAGGACAUUUGUUGCACCUGGGAUCAAAGUCAGCUGUGGUCACGACUGAGUCUGACGCGAUGCCAGGACAAAUCCCAGAUCCCUCUGUGACAGCAGGCUCCUUGCCCAGCCUGGGCCCACUGGCUGGGAUCUCAGCCACCACACUGACUGACAAGCUUAAAUUUGGUGACUUCCAGGAGUACGGUACAAUGCUGUCACCUCUGCACUUCCUGGACAGUCUGGGGAAGAGGCCCAUGGUGAUCAAAACAGAGAGAAAUGAGGAGGAUGACAGGAGGAAACGAAGGCGAGAGAAGAACAAAGUGGCUGCAGCACGAUGUCGAAACAAAAAGAAAGAGAGAACAGAUUAUCUACAAAAAGAAUCGGAGAGACUAGAGAUGUUGAACUCUGAUCUUAAAGCCCAGAUUGAGGAGCUGAAGCUGGAACGACAGCAGCUGAUCCUCAUGCUCAACCGACCGCCCACGUGCAUUGUCAGGACAGACAGUGUCAAAUCCCCGGAGAGCGAGGCGAACCCCCUGCUACAGCAGCUGGAGGCCAAGUGAAGGUUCGACAACUUUGUACAGUUUACAGUUGAGGAGAAGCAGCCAACUAGCAGCACUUAGCUUUGGAGAUCUAGCCAUGGCAGUUCAAUCCAACUUGAUUUUGUUUUUCUCUCUUGCUUUCCAUUUGUUUGUUGGUGUGGUCAUCUGAGUUCCAGCCAUUAUCAGUAUGAAGUUAAGCAAAACAGAAAACACAGCCACAUUACCUUCCACAACAUUAGGUUUGUUGGUGGAUUCUUACUAUAUGUCUACUUUGCUUCAGCCAUCACUUCAACCAUGUAGAGCAACUCCAAUUUUAGAAAUUCAUCUGGUGGUUAAUAAAUGGACUAUUUGUAUUUACUAUUUUAAAAAAGCUACAUUUGAUUCAUCAGCCUUACAUUUUGAUCCAAGAUCCAACUGUUGUUAAACAGCAUUUCAAUUAGCUGUCCAUGUGAGUCAGGGGUAAUACAUAAUGCUUAUAUAAGUGAUUAGGCGACACAUGGAUACCUUUUAUUUAAUGAAGAGUUGCAAAACAACUUGAUCUGUAUAGGCCCUAAAGUUUUGAUUGGUUUGCUUUCGUUAUAAAGCAUUCUGGAAAUCAUAGGGACCUUCAGUGAAAUGCAACUAGAAGAGGGCAAAAAUAGAUACAAUACACAAUAAUAGAUACAAAUAGAUAAACUUAGCGUUGUUUGCCCACUCAGUUAAAACAAUAGCAAAGUCUUUAUUUUUCUAAAGCAUGUAAUCCCUCCCAAAUACAGUCAGAAGCCUUUUUCCUGCAUAAUAACCUUCACAAUUCAUGAACAUUGUUGUACUUUUAUACAUUUGGUGGCAUGGCGGCUGAUCCUUUUCUUUUUUCCUAUGUUUUGGCGCAGGCGUCAUGUAUGCAUAUAUUAUAUAUAUGGACUGUUUACAUUGUACUUUAUGUAUGUUACCAUAUUGUUACAACCAAUUUUAUACUUUUGUAUAUGAUGUUAUAUAAGCAUAUAAGCUAUUACAAAAUACAA